AUGUUUCCACGGGUACUUUCUCGGCUUUCGCUCUCCAAUUUGACGAACUUUCCUCGAUGUGUUUCAACAAGUACUCCAAAAUUAUACGCCACAAGCCGGCCAGAGCCUGGAACCAGUGUAACGCCUCCACUCACAAUUGAAGACGUUAAAGUGACUCCUCGAGCCAUUCAGCGAUUGAAGCAAAUUCUUACCACUGGUGAAAAACUACGGGUAGAGGUGGACGGUGGAGGUUGCAGCGGCUUUGAAUACAAGAUUCGGCUGGAUACAAAACUUGGCGAUGACGAUCGUGUGCUGCAGAUGGAAGGAGUCGAAGUUGUUGUUGACAAAUUGUCACUUGGAUAUCUUCGAGGAGCAACCGUCGAUUAUUAUGAAGAUCUGAUGAAAACGUCAUUUCGUAUAGUUGAUAAUCCUGUUGCGGAAAAGGGAUGUAGUUGUGGCAGUAGCUUUGCCUUAAAAUUAGAC